GUUAGGAGGGGAGUUUCGCAUGGCCACCUCAGCCCCCCCAUAAGAAGAAAGGGAAUGGGAAGCAGGAGGAAGCAGAGCAGCAUCCCCACCCCCCUUGGCAGUGGCUCAAAGGCAGAUCCGCAGCCAGAGACCUAGGCAGACUGAAGCCAGCACCCUCCCGCAAAGCAACGCAAUUGCCGGCCUUUGUCGCUCCUCCUCUGCUGCACCUGUCAGGAUCGGGACCCUGAGAAAGGGGUCUGGAAGGGGGGUCCCUUGAGCUGCAGACCCCUGGGAGGAAGAAGAGAAGGACCAGGAGGAGAAGGAGGAUUAGGAUUAUUAUUUGCAUCUCAAUGGAGACACACAGCUGCAAUUGAGGAAGAGGAGGAUUAUUCUAAUAUCAUCAUCAUCAUCAUCUCAGUGGCAAUAGAGGAGGAAGAAGAGGGUGAGAAGGAUUAUUAUUAUUUUUUAUUAUUAUUAUUCACAUCUUAAUGGAGGCACAAAGCGGCUCUUGAGGAGGAGGAGGAGGAAGAGGAUUAUUAUCAUCUCGAUGGAGAAUCAAAGCAUAUAUUGAGGAAAGAGAAGAAGUAUUGUAUUAUAUUAUUGUUGUUGUUGACAUUUCAAUGGAGACCCAAAGCUGCUCCUGAGGAAGAGGAGGAGGAGGAAGAAGAGACGGAUGAGAAGGAUUAUAUUAUUAUUUCCAUCUCAAUAGAGACACACAGCGGCUGUUGAGGAGAAGGAAGAAAAGGGCGAGGAGGACUAAAAGGAUUAUUAUUAUUAUUUUAUUAUAUUAUCAUCGUCAUCUUCAAUGGGGACACAAAGCGGCAAUUGAGGAGGAAGAAGAGAAAGAGAAGAGUGUGAAGUAUUAUUAUUAUAUAUUAUAAUAAUCUCAAUGAAGACUCAAAGCAGCUAUUGAGGAGGAGAGAGAGAAGGACAAGAAGGAUUAUUAUUAUUAUUAUUAUUAUUUACAUCUUCAUGGGGACACAAAGUGGCAAUUGAAGAGGAGGGUGAGAUUAUAUUAUUAUUAUUAUUAUUAUUAUUAUUAUUUGCAUCUUAAUGGAGACACAAAGCGGCAAUUAAGGAGGAGGGUGAGAUUAUUAUUAUUAUUUACAUCUUAAUGGGGACACAAAGUGGCAAUUGAAAAGGGGGGUGAGAUUAUAUUAUUAUUAUUAUUAUUAUUAUUAUUAUUAUUAUUAUUAUUAUUUGCAUCUUAAUAGAGACACAAAGUGGCAAUUGAGGAGGGUGAGAUUAUUAUUAUUAUUAUUAUUUAUGUCUUAAUGGGGAAACAAAGUGGCAAUUGAAGAUAGAUAGGCAUAAUAUUAUUAUUAUUAUUAUUUACGUAUUAAUGGGGACACAAAGCAGCAAUUAAGGAGGAGGGUGAGAUUAUUAUUAUUAUUAUCUCAAUGGAGACUCAAAGUGGCAAUUAAGCAGGAGGAGGGUGAGAUUAUAUUAUUAUUAUUAUUAUUAUUAUUAUUAUUAUUAUUAUUUACAUCUUAAUGGGAACACAAAGCGGCAAUUAAGGAGGAGGUGGCGAUUAAGGAGGAAGAGGGUGAGAUGAUGAUUAUUAUCUCAAUGGAGACACAAAGCUGCUGUUGAGAGGAGGAAGAGAAGAACCAAAGGAUCAUCAAUGGAGACACAAAGUGGGGAUUGAGGAGGAGGAAGACCACCUCCAUCAGCAGUGUCCUCCUUGAGCUGCCCACCUCCCUGAAGCUCUGAGAGGCCUCCUCAAUGCCAAGAGGAAGAGGAAGGAGAAGAGGAGGAGGAGGAAGGCCUUCGGCACCCUCACGCCACUCUUGACCUCUGUGGCCUCAUUGCCAGGAGGAAGAGGAGGAGGAGGAGGAGGAGGAGGAAGGCCUUUGGCGCCAGCAUUCCUAAGGCUCUAAGCCAGGAGGAAGAGGAGGAAGCAGGGCGCUGUCCCCGGAGGGUCCCCAAUGGGUGGUGGGGGUCAGAGACCCUCCUCUUUGCCCGCCUCCCCCUCCUCUCCCCCUUCCUCCCCCUCCUCCCUGGGAGCCCCCCUGCUGCUGCGCUGGAGCGAGGUGCCCCCCUCAGUGACGGAGAGCUUCAUCCUGAGCGGCUACCGCUGCCCGGGCUACUCCUUGACCCAGUGCCUGGCCUCCGCUUUCCGGCCCACCAAUGAGACGGGCAACUUCUGGACCCACUUCCUGGCCGUCUUUGUCUUCGCCUUCCGCUUCGGGGAGCUCUUCUGGGGGGCCGAGGGGCCUGGGGCGAAGGGGGCGUCCGACCCGUUCUACUACCCGCUCUGGAGCUACUUCCUGGGGGUCUGCGGCCUGCUGCUGGCCAGCAGCCUGGCCCACCUGCUCAACUCCAUGUCACUGGUCAUCCGUGAGGUCUGCUUCUACAUUGACUACGGCACCAUCAGCGCCUACACGGUGGGCUCCUCCUUGGCCUACUUCUACUACAUCUAUCCUCGUGGCGGAGAGACGGCAAUCUCUGCCAACCUCUCCUUGGCCCUAAGAUCGGACGUCGGCGGUCAUGCUCUGGGGUCGCGCCCCUGGCUGGAGGCCCUCUACGUGCCCAGCGCCUGCCUCAUUGCCCUCUUCUGCACUUUGGCCUGUUGCUGCACCCGCCGGCUCUGGCCGCGCCACCGUUACCUGAUCCGCACUUUGGUCUUCCUGCUGCCCUUCCUGGUGGUCUCGCUGCCCGUCUUCCACAAGCUGUGGCAUUCGGGGGCCGCGAUGGGGCCCACUGGCCACUUCUUCCUGCGCCACUGCGCCUGGCUACUGGCCUCGGGGGUCUUCAACGUCAGCAAGCUGCCCGAGCGCCUCAGCCCCGGCCGGUUUGACAUCUGGGGCCACAGCCACCAGUGGUUCCACUGCUGCACCUUCAUGAGCAUCCUGGACGAGCUGCACAUGAUCCGGGGGGAGAUCCGGGAGGUGGGACGCGGUCAUGGCGGGGUGGGGACCCCCACCUUCCUCUCCACGUUUGGGGUGAUGCUGCUCCUCCUGGCCCUCCUGGCUGCCCUCGUCACGUGGUUCGGGGUCCGAGAGAGCCACCGGCAGAACGGGGCCACCAGGAAGGAGGCCUAGUUAGAAGACAAGGCUUGACACGGGACCUGAAAUAUCUGAAAGGAUAUCACAUUGAGAAGCAGGCAAGGGUUGCUUUCCGCUGCUCUGGAGACGGAGACAACGGAGCCACAGAUGCAAAGAGACAUUGGGAAGAACUUCCUAAUGGUGAGAGCUGUUCAACCGUGGGUUACAUCGGAUGGCAUCUCCUUCUCUGAAGAUUUUAUUUCCCUGCCUGGCAGAAAAAGGGGUUGGACUGGAUGGCCUCUAGGGUCUCCUCCCGCCCUACGAUCCCUCCAGACUGAGCCACUGGAGGGUCUCGGACUGCAGGCCCCAGCCUCUCAAGACUAUAAACCCCUUCCUCUUGCUGGCUGGGGAUGAUGGAAUUGGCAACCAAAGAUGGACAUGGGACUGUGGGGCUCCCGAUACAGGUGAGGCCCACUUCCACCUACUUAUGGGGCUGCAAGGCAUGCAGGUUUCAAAAUCCACACUUGGGACGUGGGGCCAAAGGGGGAAUGGGAAAUAACUCCCCUUUGGCCCUCCUCCAGGUGUUUUGGACUCCAACUCCCACCAUUCCUAACAGCCUCAGGCCCCUUCCUUUUGCCCCUCAGCCGCUUAAGCGGCUGAGGGGCAAAAGGAAAGGGCCUGAGGCUGUUAGGAAUGGUGGGAGUUGGAGUCCAAAACACCUGGAGGAGGGCCAAAGUUGGCCCAUGCCUGAGUUAAACAAUGGAGGGCCAGGAAGUGAUGAAUCUCCCAGCAAGCCAUGCAAAUACACUAUGUUUGAAAGGCAAA